AGAACCGCCAUUGCAGAAGAUCCAUUUUUGUCAACUGCCAUUACUACUAUUUUUGUCUUGUUUCAUUGGCUAUAAAACACAUAUAUCUAUCUACCUUGAUAUAUUUAAACUCAAACCGCAAUCAUAGUCCCCACAAUAACUAGACGAUUCCCCGCCAAAUUCUCUCUCUCUUUCUCUUUUUCUUUCUCUUUCUCUUCUCUCCCCUUUCUACGGCAAGUGUAACCGUUUCAAAUUUCACUUUAUUUUGUUUCUGUGAUGCUAUUUUGGCGUUUUAGGGUCUAGGUCCUCAUUGUUUGUGUUAGCUACCAUUAGCCAGCAUUUUUAUUUGUUAAUGGUGUAAUGAGAAUUUUGAAGGUCUUAAUUGUAUCAAAAUCAAAUGUUAGCUUCAUCAUCCUCUUCUCAAACGUUGGUUUUUGGAGUCUACAAUGUAAUUUUAUUAAAUUUGACGCCUAUUUCAAUUCUCGUGGAUUAACUCAAUGUUCGUGAAUUAGAUAACAACCAUUUCUGAGAUCAGAGAAAUCAAAAGAAUCUUAUCUUAGAUUUCUGGGUUUGAUUUUUUUUCCCUAAAAAAAAUGGGUUGCUUCUCGUGUUGUUCAAAGAAAUCCAGCUCUAAAAGAACAGCUUCUUCCAAAAAACAGCAAGCAAAACUCUCAACUCGUCGACAAGAUCAAGGUCCAUCUCUGUCCCAGAAUCCUAAUCCUAAUCCAAAGCUUGCGCAGGGAACUGUUGGUGUAAAGAAUGCUGCUAACAAAGAAGCAGGCGAUAAAAACAUUACGGCACAGACGUUCACAUUUCGUGAACUAGCCACAGCUACAAGAAAUUUUAGGCGAGAAUGUUUAAUCGGUGAAGGGGGAUUUGGGAGAGUUUAUAGGGGGAAACUAGAGAAUAGUGGGCAGGUUGUGGCUGUGAAGCAACUUGAUAGAAAUGGCUUGCAAGGAAACAAAGAAUUUCUUGUUGAGGUGUUGAUGUUAAGCCUCUUGCACCAUGAAAAUCUGGUCAAUCUUAUUGGUUAUUGUGCUGAUGGUGAUCAAAGACUUCUAGUUUAUGAAUACAUGACAAUGGGAUCUUUGGAAGAUCACCUUCUUAAUCGUUCACCUGAACAGAAACCAUUGGAUUGGCAGACAAGGAUGAAAAUAGCAUUAGGUGCAGCAAAAGGCCUAGAAUAUUUGCAUGAUAAAGCCAAUCCUCCGGUCAUCUACCGCGACUUGAAAUCCUCAAACAUCUUACUAGACAGCGAAUUCAACGCCAAGCUCUCUGAUUUUGGAUUAGCCAAGCUUGGACCUGUUGGAGACAAGACACAUGUUUCCUCCAGAGUAAUGGGAACAUACGGUUAUUGUGCCCCAGACUAUCAAAGAACAGGUCAACUUACUGUCAAGUCCGAUGUCUACAGCUUCGGGGUUGUAUUGUUAGAGCUGAUCACAGGAAAAAGAGUCAUUGACACAAGAAAACCGAUGGAUGAGCAAAAUCUAAUCGCAUGGGCACAACCUGUGUUUAGGGACCCAAGAAGGUACUCUGAACUGGUUGAUCCACUUCUAGAAGGAGAGUAUCCAGUGAGAGCUGUGAAUCAAACAGUGGCUGUUGCAGCCAUGUGUCUCCAAGAAGAGGCAGGCGUUCGACCUUUGAUUAGUGAUGUAGUCACUGCUCUCAGUUUCCUUGGAAACGGUGAAAAUGCAGCCACAAAAGUUUCCCCUGAUGCCGCCUCUCUUCUUAAUACACCACCUGCUCAAGAAGUGGCCAGUGAUGCAAAUGGUAAUAAUGAAGAUAGACUUUUGGAACGCCAAAAAGAGGUGGCAGAAGCAAUACAAUGGGGUUCUAAUUCCAGACAAGCUGCAUCAUGAUGAUCCCCAAAAAGGGCCUCCCAACAACGCCAACGCCUGAAGAUUUUUGAAAGCGGUGAACGCGUGAAGUGUAGGGAAGGAGAAAGAAAAAGGGUAAACGUGAGGAAUGGGAUCUCCAAAGCCACCCGUCCGAGAGGACAUGACAGGACAAGACCGCCGUCUGAGAGACUGAUUCAUUGAUUGAUGAUUCCGUCUUCAGCAAUUGCUUCAGCCCUCAUCAUCGGAACCGAAUGACGAUCUUCAUUGGGCAGAAGGGGGCAUAGCUUAGCUACAUGGUAUUGAUGGAAGUUGGAACUGACUCAGUUGUUACACUUUCAAUUCUAUCUCAUUAUCCUCAUAAUUUCUGAAAUAAUAUUAAAAUCUUUAUCUUA